CUGCUCUAUUUUAAUAACUACUGGACCAGUAACCUUCAAAGAAACCACCGAAGGUGCGCUGUUCGUAGAUGCCAUCAGUAAACUCAAAGCCAAAGGUGGUCGAGAUUGUCCUGAGCUAACAAUGAAGGGAAUCCUAGAUGCAAUGUAUUAGGGACCUGAUUGGGGAUCACCGCUGUACGUAUUUACCGAUGCUUCAGCCAAAGAUGCCACUCCAGAAAACAUCGCAGAAGUCAAAUCAAUGGCCAAGUAUUUGGGAGUUACGAUCAAUUUUUUCACAACAGGUCAAUGUAGCGGGUCAAGUGUGACGGACAGUCCUUUCAUGCAAAUAGCUGAAGCCACUUCCGGUUAAAUGCUCAGUCUCACCAGUACGACAGAGCUAAAAAAUCUCAACGGCUUUACCGGAAGUGUUCUUGGAGGAUCCAAUAUCAUCAGCUCUGGGUCAAAUAUUUCCAACCGCAAGAAGCGAGCAGCUUUGACAGCUAGUAGGUACAGCAUYAAGAUUGAUGACUCGAUAGGCAAGAUGUCUAUCUGUGUCACCACMGACCGUCCAAACCAAGGAGCAGCAAUCUCUCUGACAGAUUCUCAAGGAGUGACGAUUACAUCCGGGAAAGUCUCCAUGUCCAAGGUUUCGAUCUAUGAGAUUGCUAGUCCCAGAGUAGGGACCUGGACCCUAGUCAUUCCUCCAAGUGCUGGACUGCAUAAUUACUUUGUCAAGUCCACUAGUGACUCCAACAUCGACUUUGAAUACUACUUUUUGAGGACAAUUAGAAGACCUCCCUCUGAAGUCCCGAUACCAGAGCCACUGUUGGGGCGACCAAGUAAACUGGUCUUGACAGUAGCCGGUGCCGAGAAAAUCCGUAAGAACUCAGUUGUUUUAGAACUGAUCACAAAGUAUGGCAAACACAUCCAAGACAUCCAACUGACGCCUGACAGCAGAGGAGUGCGCUAUACAGCAACCUUCACCCCACCCUCCCGACCCUUCAAGCUAAAGAUCAAAGGUACCACAAAUAGUGGCAACCAGUUUGAGCGAGUCUCUCGUAACAUCGUAGAACCCAAGUCUAUUCAACUAAGAGUUUUACAUUCAAGCAAUGACUUUACUCUACGCAGAGGAACGAGCUCUACCGUCACAUUCCAUCUUUACAACGCUGCAAACGUAAACAAAGUGGUCAACAUACGAGUCAAAGAUCGUCUUGGAUAUGCCAGAGUUCAAGGGAAUGUUCGUACAGUUAGGAGAGGACGGGCAACCUUCUUUAGAAUAACCUUCACAACACCUGCUGGUGCUAAUAUCGGUACUAGUGAUACCGCUGUUGUAAGUCUUUCGGUUAAUAAUGGUGCUGAGAGACUAUCACAGCCUCUACAGCUCAUUGUAGUAGCGUAAAACUUCUUAAAACUUUUAUCCAUUACGAAAAACAUUGACCGAUUUGUUUCAGUAACAUUUAGUGGAUGGAAUCUUGUUCUUGUCAAUAAUAAUAAAGUACUUUGUUAUA